AGGCAAUGUGCACUACCUCUCGUACGCCAUCUUCACAGUUUGCGGAGUUGGUUUUUGAGUGAAUUGUGCUUUGUCUAAGUUAUUACCUUUACCUUAAUUAAUAUCAACCAACAACAGUCAUGUCUUUUAGGGACAGAGGCAGAGAUUCAAGAGGAGGAGACAGAAGAGGAGGCUCGGGGGCAUCAUUUGGAGACCGGGACCGUUUUGGAAGCAAUGAUAGGAGAAGUUCAUAUGGAAGUGGAGGUGGAAGUCGAUUUGGGGGAUCCAUGAAUGGUGGUGGUUUUGGUGGACAGAAAAGUGGUGAUCCAGGAGCCAAUCUAAGAAAGCCCAAGUGGGAUCUUGCUAGGCUGCCCAAGUUUGAGAAAGAUUUUUACAAAGAGCACCCUAAUGUAACAGCGAGAACUCAGGAAGAGAUCACUGCAUACAUGCAUGUGCAUAUCAUCUCAACACGAGGUAGAAACUGCCCAAAGCCUGUGUUCUCCUUCGAGGAGGCCUGCUUUCCUGACUAUGUUAUGGAGGUUAUCAGGGCUCAGGGUUGGACUAGCCCAACAUCGAUCCAAGCACAGGGCUGGCCUAUUGCAUUGAAAGGACUAGAUCUUGUUGGAAUUGCAAUGACAGGGUCAGGAAAAACGUUGGCCUUUGUUUUGCCAGCUAUAGUGCAUAUCAACCACCAACCAUUUCUUGAAAGGGGUGAUGGACCAAUUGCGUUAAUCUUGUGUCCGACACGUGAGCUGGCACAGCAGGUGCAAGAGGUCUGCAAUACGUUCGGGUCGACAUCAAGAAUACGUAAUACGUGCGUGUACGGCGGUGCACCUAAGGGUCCACAGAUCAGAGACUUGGAAAGGGGUGUUGAGGUUAUAGUCGCGACACCUGGCCGGCUACUGGAUUUCCUGGAGGCAGGCAAGACCAACUUGCGUCGCACAACCUAUCUAGUCCUGGAUGAGGCUGACCGAAUGUUGGACAUGGGUUUCGAACCGCAGAUCAGAAAGAUCAUCGAACAGAUUCGCCCUGAUCGGCAGACGUUAAUGUGGAGUGCUACCUGGCCGAAGGAAGUGCGCACCUUGGCGGAAGACUUCCUGAAGGAGUAUGUCCACAUAACCAUCGGCUCGCUGACGUUGUCCGCUAACCACAAUAUCAUGCAGAUUGUAGAUGUGUGCGAGGACCACGAGAAGGAUUCCAAGUUACUUAAGCUGCUCGAAGAGAUCAUGGGCACCAAGGAGAACAAGACAUUGGUGUUUGUGGAGACGAAGCGACGUGUUGACGAGUUGACCAGACAGAUGAGGCGUGACGGGUGGCCUGCCAUGUGCAUUCACGGUGACAAGGCUCAGCAGGAGAGAGAUUGGGUGUUGAAUGAGUUCCGAAUGGGUCGCGCACCAAUCCUGGUGGCUACAGACGUUGCUGCUCGUGGCUUAGAUGUGGAGGACGUUAAGUUUGUUAUCAAUUUCGACUAUCCGAACUCGUCUGAGGACUACGUGCACCGCAUCGGCCGCACGGGCCGCUGCAACAACACGGGCACCGCGUACACGUUCUUCACGAUGUCGAACAUGCGGCAGGCGAAGGAUCUCGUUGCUGUCCUCAACGAGGCCAAGCAGGUCGUCAAUCCAAAGCUGUAUCAGCUCGUCGAGAUGGGCAAAUCCCUCGGCGGCAGAAGUCGAAAUCGCUACAGUCGUGGAGGAGGUCGUAGCUCCGGGUCAUCAUACAGUGGACGUAGCUUCGGGGGCGGAGGAUACGGCAGCAGUCGAGGAGGAGGUUAUGCAUCAAGCGCGAGGUUUUGAUGUGCCGGCCUUAUGUAGUGCGUAGUAAGCAGUUCCAAGGAGUGCCACCAGAUGGAGCUGGGAGCCAGUUGCCCAGCACCCUGAAGAUGGGAGGGGGGCUUGCAGAAGAUCUAGUACAUUCCCCAAGUUUGACAACGGUUUUUGUAGUCUCAAUCUCGUUCACGCUCUUUAUAAUCACAGUGCUCUGUGCUUCAAUAGUUUAUUUAGUUAACAGAUGGCAGGCCCGUCUUCACAUUUUAGUUCAAAUUUUUUAAUGAACUCGUAGCUGCGAUAAGCCAGAUUUUUCACAAAAUCACAAAUUGACAAUUUUAAUACGAAGCACUAUUAACAGUUGUGAGCCAUGGGAACUGAAUAAAACGUGAUAAGAACAUGCCAUGUUUUAUGGCAUGUUCUUAUACCAUUCUUAACUAAAGUAUCUUGAAAAUGAAAUGAACUACUACUACUAAUUACUUGACCAUUUGAACAUGUAUGAUGAUGCUUACAAUAGCAUAAUGUGGCUUAUCACAGCUUUAACCUUAACAUCAAUGAUAAUUUCUUUGACGUAGUAGUACUACUAGUUUGUUAUAGUAACAAAAGUUAAAAAUUGCAUUCGUGUACUCUCCAGCAGGCUAGUAGCAUUUUUAUGGCAGGGAAGCGAAGUGGCACGCUUAUCUUGGCGAAAGUUUAACAGCAGCAUUUUAAUAUGUUCCCAUUUAUUUCACAUAUAUUGUAUACAUUAUGGAAAUCGCACAAAGUUGAAAGUGUGUGGUUGUCUGACGAGAAAUAAUAGGGCUGCACAAGAAAUGGCCCUAAAUACAUCUCUGCCCAGUGAUUGUACAUGUAUAAAUUGAUUUGCUUAUCUUAGAGAGGUGCAAAUCUGUAACAUUUUCGCAGAACUUAUGAAGCUAUUGUGUGUCCACUGUCACUUGUUCGUUUCAGUGUCUUGCUAUAUGUUAUUAAACUGAAUUGCUAAGGUGCACGUAGUCUGCUAUUGUUGCUUCAGCCACCUCUUGCACUUUCGUCUCGUUUUACAGUGUCAGGUUUUAUCGUUAAAUAAUGUACGGUUGGCAACAUUGAAUGGAGUUGUGCAAUGGCUCAACAGGUAGAGAGAGGCACGUCGGAAUGUGUGCAGCCGCCGGUAAUUGCUCGACCAAGUAACGUAAAUAUUUAAAAUUUGUAAUAUGAAACUACUGAAGCACAUUUUGGUUGUUCGUUUAACAUUUAUUCGUGUCACCGCUUAAAAAUUGUAGAUUUAUGACUGUACAAAUUACGAGCUGAUGACAGAUUUGGUCCCAAUAAUAUCCGGGAAAGUUGAUCUAGUUGUACAAAAUGAUUAACGAAAUGUUUGCAUGUUGCACUAAUUAACAUCGUUACUAGCAAUCGCGUUGGUGUACUGAAGCCGUAAAAUAUCUCAAUAAAUAAAGGUUUAAUAUUGUGUAAAGUAAU